CUCUUUCGUUGUUGGUCUUGUUUCUCCUGCUCUCUCCGACGCGCGCAAAGGCAAAGGUUGUGCCACGGCUUGUUUUCUUCCGUCGCCAUGGCAUCCUCAUCCACCCCAAGCUCAACCACUUCGGCCCCCGUAUCGAACCCCUCCGUCGCGCCGCCACCCUCGAACAAGCCCACGCGCAUUCUUGCCUGCGUUCUAUGCCAACACCGAAAGAUCAAAUGCGAUAGAAAUUUUCCAUGCUCCAACUGCACCAAGGCCAAUGUCAAGUGUACACCAUCCACUCCCGCCCCUGCGCGCAAGCGAAGACGACCAAACCAGGACCUCCAGGAGAGGCUGGCUCGCUGUGAAGAGUUGCUCAAAGAGUAUGCGACCGAGAAGCCCGAGGGCAGUGUGACGACGCCAAGAGCAUCGCAACAGCCCGCCUUCGAUGAGAGCUAUCUCAAAUGGCAGCCAGCCGGCCAGCUGGUUAGGGAUGAAGGGAGCAUGCGGUUCAUAGACAACCCGAUGCUGAGCUCUGUUUAUGAUGAGCUUCGAGCAAUGAGGCAAAUAGUCGACUCGGAUGACCACGAUGAUAGCACGUCUGAUACUGCGCCUGAUGAGAACUCAGAUCUCCUCCUUGGCGAUGGCUCCCCCAACAUCAAAAUCGAGACACUCUGGCCAGAUGCCGCCCAUGUGAUACGUCUGUGGCAGAUAUAUCUGGACAGGGUCAACCCACUGACAAAGAUUAUACACGUCCCGACUUUGCAACCGUACUUGGCCGAGGCGGUCGGCGGGUCGCAGUCAUUGCCGAAGAAUGUCGAAGCGCUCCUCUUCUCUAUUUUUCUCAUGGCUGUUGUCGCGCUAGACGCAGAUGAAUGUCAGAAUCUGCUGGGUUACUCGAGAGAGGAAGCGCUUCAAAGGUUCUCGUCGGGUGUGCGGUUGGCCUUGCUCAGGCUGGGCUUCCUUAAGACCCACGAUUUGACCAUUUUGCAGGCCCUUGUGAUCUACUUGAUCUCUCUACAAGGUCGAUACAAUCGCCAUGCCGCGUGGAUUCUCAACGGCGUAGUUAUUCGUAUCGCCCAAAAAAUGGGAAUGCAUCGUGAUGGCGAAACUCUUGGUCUCCCCCCAUUCGAGUCUGAAAUGCGCCGUCGGUUAUGGUGGCAGAUCAUCAUGGUCGAUUCCAAAUAUGCCAUCUUCUCCGGCCUCAGCCAUUCGCUCCUUCCACGAAACUGGGACACAAAACCGCCCAAGAACCUCAACGACGCCGACAUCUUCCCAUCAGCGACAGAGCCAUUCCAGGACCGCGAAGGGCCAACAGAGAUGAUUUUCUGCUUACUUAUAUACGCCUUUGCUAAAUUCCUGGUGGAAACUCCGGGCUUCGAUACCAUGUUCUUGCUAACCUCACAAAGCGACUUUGUAUCCGAACGUGAUGGAGGAGGCCCUCCUGAACAAGAAAUGAUCGAGUACCGGCGGACGGUAGAAACCUUGGGCAACAACCUCCUCAGCAUUCUCGACAAGUAUUGCGAUCCUCUCGCCGGCCCAGUUCACCAAAUGGCCGUCAACAUGCGGACGCACAUCAUCGAUAAGAUCAUGGAACUCAUUACCCCAGCCAAACACCAGCCAGAAUGGGGCGGAGAGGUCCGCACACUCAAAGACAACACCUUCAAAAUCGCCAUCGGCACAUUAGAGCACAACGAAGCAAACUACAUCUCCACCAAGGACAAAGGCUUUAUGUGGUUUUCCCUCGCACACUUCCAGAUCGAUAUCUUCAUGUACAUGGCCGGCCAACUCUGCCACCGCACAGAAGGUGUACUAGUCGAACGGGCUUGGAGACAGGUUGAGGUGGUUUACACGUUUCACCCCGAGCUAUUCGACACCAACAACAAACUCCAUGCCGCGCUUGCAGUGUUUAUCUUGAAGGCGUGGAGGAAGAGAGAAGAAACACUCACGCAAAGGACAGGCCACAGACCAGAGACACCGUUCUACGUGGACAGGCUAAGGACAUCGAUGCCAAACGAUGACUACAAAUCGGAGCCUACACCACCAGAUCCUUACACACCGGCGGCUUUGGCAGUGGGGGCACACACAGGCAUCCCGGACAACAAUCUGGACUCAUUCCUGGGGUACCUGGAUGCUAGCGCAUUGGACUGGGAUAUGUUUGGGAACCAGGUAAAUGGCGGGGCAGGAGGCUCAUCUUUUGGCGCUUUUGGGAUGGGCCCCCAGGUAGAAUGGUGA